UUUUUCGGUGCCUCCAGACUGUGCCUUCAGACCAUCUCAGAAAGAUUAAAAUGCUGAAAAAAAUUCUGAUUCUAUACGGAAGUGAGACUGGAACCGCCCAGGACACGGCUGAACAGAUUUGGAGAGAUGUCAAAAGAAUUGGCAUCGAUUGUUCUGUAAUGUCAAUGGAUGAUUAUGAUGUAACAAAGUUAAUAUUUGAGGAACUAGCCAUCUUUGUGGUAGCGACAGCUGGCCAAGGGGACCCACCAACCAACAUGCUGAAGUUCUGGCGUUUUCUUUUGCGAAAAAAUCUUCCCAGUAAUUCGUUGCAGAAUUUGCAAUAUGGUGUACUUGGUCUCGGGGAUAGUUCAUAUGAGAAGUACAACUUUGCUGCGAAAAAAUUGAAUAAACGACUUGCGCAGCUAGGUGGCAAAGAAAUUUUAUCCAUUGGAUUAGCUGAUGAUCAACAUGACUUAGGAAUCGAUGCGACUACCGUACCAUGGAUGGACGAAUUGUGGACAAAAUUAUCCUCUGAGUUUGAUAUUCCACUGAGAGUCCCAAUGAGCAAUGAAAGUAAUAUCAUUAUGAAGUUUAAUGUUACGCUAGUUGAUGGCUCUGUUGAAUUUGAGGAUUCAAAUGUCCAAAACGAUAUAUAUAGACAUAAAUUGUGUAUAAAUGACACAAUAAAAGUGGGUAGAGUCUUAGAAAAUACAAGAACUUCUGCAAUUGAUCAUUUUCAGGACGUUAGAUUAAUUGAAUUUCAAGUCGAGGAUGUUGAAUAUAGUCCAGGAGACAUUAUAUACCUUAGACCGAAGAACUCAGCAGAAAAGGUAGACCAGUUCUUUGAAGUACUGAAAAAUAACAAAGUUUCUCUGUACCGGGAUAUGAUUAUUUGUGUGAAUAGUUCUGAAAUUCGAAUUCCUAAUGUGUUACAACAAAGAUUAACCCUAGGACAAAUAGUGGAACAGUACUGGGACUUGAAUUAUAAGCCUAGGAGAUAUGCAAUGGCGGUCCUGAGCCUGAUAACGGAUAACCAACUUGAGAGGGAGAAAUUGUCAGAGUUCACCACGCCAAGUGGGCAGGAGGAAUUGUAUAACUAUAUUAAUAGACCUCGAAGAAAUAUCCUAGAAGUUUUGAAUGACUUUCCAAAUGCCACUAAAAAAUUGAAUGUACAAUUACUAUUCGAAAUUAUGUGCCCUAUAAAACCAAGAGCGUUUAGUAUAGCAUCCAGCUUGAAAGAAACACCGAAUCAAAUUGACGUUCUUGUAGCUGUUGUUAAAUAUAAAACGAAACUCUUUGAACCGAGACUUGGUUUGUGCUCCAAUUGGCUCAGUGGAUUGAAGAGAGGAGAUGAAACAACAUUUUGGGUUCAAAAAGGGACAUUACAUCUAGAAUAUUCUAAACCUGCAAUCCUAAUUGGUCCUGGAACUGGGAUUGCUCCAUUUAGAUCUUUUUUACUGGAAAGAUCCAGAGUGAAAAAAGACUUGUCGGACUGUCUGCUCUUUUUUGGGUGUAGGAAUAAGCUGAAGGAUUACCAUUGCCGGAAGGACUUUGAAGCAUUGAUAGAAAAUUAUGGUCUAAAAAUGAUUCAUGCUUUUUCUCGAGAUCAGGAUAAUAAGAUAUAUGUACAACACAAGAUAAAAGAGCAUGGCUAUAUUUGUUGGCAAUUCAUAGAAAAGGGUGCAAGCAUCUAUUUGGCUGGUACCGUUCCAGUAAGACUUUCCCCAGGAUGGGAAGGCACUGGAAGGUCCGAAGAUGAGUUGAAUUUCAAAGGAGUUACCAUGGACCAAGCAGACUUAGAAAUAAAUCCACCUACCGACAGGUGGAACUGGGUUGCAUUGGUAUUCGUGUUACAUGGAAUCGGCAGUUUGAUGCCAUGGAAUAUGUUCAUCACUGCCAAAUCUUACUUUGCUGACUACAAGAUGGCAGAGACAUACACAGGCUACAAAUUGAACUACGCCUCGAAUUUUCUAUCAUCAUUAGCAUUUGCUGCACAAGUCCCAAAUUUCCUUUUCAAUUGGUUGAAUCUAUUUAUCCAACUAGGGGACAAUUUAACAGCACGAAUUGUAUGGGGACUUUUAAUACAAGUCACAAUGUUUGUGCUGACAGUCAUUUUGGCAAUGGCAGACAGUUCUGGGUGGCCUGGUGUAUUUUUCUGGAUUACGAUGAUCUCUGUUGUUAUUCUAAACACUGGCAGUGGGAUAUAUCAAAAUUCAGUAUAUGGAAUGGCGGCUAAACUACCUGCCAAGUAUACUGGUAUGGUGAUUCUGGGCUCUAAUAUCAGCGGAACCUUCACAGCUGUAAUAGAUUUAGUGGCCAAAGUAAUGUCUCCUAAUCAACGCACAGCAGCUAUAUACUAUUUUAUAACAGCCCUGCUAGUACUUCUUGCAUGCUUUGAUACAUACUUCGCAUUGCCAUUGAAUAGGUUCUAUCGUUAUCAUGAAUUGUUGACCCAGAAAGAAAGUAAUAAAAAGCAAUUUACAACGGCAGCUAGAGGAAGAAGUUCAAGACCACCGUAUUUGAAAAUACUUCUGCAAUGCUGGCCGCAAUGCUUUAACAUAUUCUUCACCUUCUUUGUUACAUUAGCCAUUUUUCCCAGUGUACAAUCUGACGUUAAACGGUCCAGUCCGACUUUUUUUGUUGCGGAAGACUAUUAUGUCAACAUUAUGUGUUUUAUGACGUUCAAUGUUACGGCCAUGAUUGGUAGCUCAGUCGCUUCUCUUGUUCAAUGGCCUUCGAAAAAGUAUACUGUCAUUCCAGUGGUUCUACGGGUGCUAUACAUACCGUUAUUCUUGUUAUGUAACUAUAAACCCCAGGACUAUGUCAGAACGAUGCCAAUUUUAAUCGACAAUGAUAUAGUAUUUUUCUUGAUUGCCUUAUCGAUGGGUUUUUCGAGUGGCUACCUUUCAUCCAUCGGCAUGAUGUAUUGUCCAAGAGAUGUAGAACCUCAGCAUCAAUCGACUGCUGGUAUGUAUGGCGCUGCAUUUUUGAUAACUGGUAUUUUUACGGGGGUACUUUUCUCCAUGUCGAUGCCUUACAUUGUUUCCAGUACAUUGUUUUCCUAAUGACGUUUUUUAUUUUUCGAACAAUUGUACAGAUAAAUUGAAAACUACUCGCCUUGCUAUUUAUUUUGUAUGCAAGAAGAUUGUACGUCCACUGAAAAAUCAAACUGUACAUAUAAAUCUAGAGACAGCUACAGACAUUACUAUUGAACGUGUUAACCAAUUGAAAGACCAUGGAAAAUAAUUUAUGUUCCAUGUAAUUUGAUUGAAAUAAUUUUAUGCUGAAUAAUACGGAUUCAAUCUUGUUGCAUUCAAUGCGUAAAUUUUCAUCCUUCACUGGCAAGGAACAAAAGAUGAAUAGAAUUUUCACAAGCUAUGUUCCAACGUCCUAUAAAAUUUUCAUCUCAUUUGAAUCGCAUUUACCAUCGGUCAUUAAUCGUACCAUUUACACGUAUUGUCCCAGUCUCGUAAAAUUCCUGAAAAAAAUUCUCUCUUCACCAAUUUUGCUUAUUCGAAAAAUCAUAUACAGCUUCAUUCUACAUUGAUUCUACAACAGAUAGCUGUUAGUAAUCAAAUACAAAUUCCAUACUCACAACUUUCUCAUGGGACCCAUUAGAGCCGCUUAUAAAGCACAUCUAUGAUCCACAUAAGUGCAUCAAUUUUGACAUUAAAAAAAAGCGCAAUAUUAAUAAGCGUUUUAUUAUAGCUAAAUGCAUAAUUAUAUUCUCUAUAUCGCCAAUUAACAACUGUAUGUUAUCCAUUUUCUCUACUAUAUUAGCUUCCAUUCAACUUCCCUCGAAUCAAAUACUUUUGAUGCUGUUAUACAUUUGCUAUUUUAUGUUUGAGCAGAUUUUUUGUUCAAUGUGUGCAUGAUACCUGAUAAAGACAGACUGAAUAUUCUUCUGAUUCUCAGAAUGGUUCUUAAGACUUAACAUGUCUCUGAUCUUAUUUAACAUACUUUUAACAGCAGGAUACAAAUAACGGUUCUUUUAUAUUGGCUUUCUUUUGAAUUGACUAUAAUCAUUAAGUCACUAUCAUUGCUUUUUUUGUAUGUGUUCUUGUUCUUUUGUUUUGUAGUAGUUAUUGUUUUUAUGAGCACAAAAGUAUUUAUACCACAUACUUAGAUUUUUCAUUUCACGCUUGGUGAAUGAGGAAAUAUAUUAGAUGGGUUUUGAACGAACUGUCAGAGUAGUGUAUAUUUAUUGCGGGGUUUAAUGGUGUGAAAAUAUCAUUUCUAAUAUAAAAUUUAGCUGACUAAUAGUGCAUCUCGUUAUAUUUUAUGUGAGACACAUUUUAGAAGUUAUUUAUUUAUAUGUACGAUGGUAUUGAUGUUGCACCAGAUAUAAAAUUUCAUAUGUAAACAUUUCUAAUAAUUCAUGCAUUGAAUUAUUUACUUCUAUUUGUGAAGCCGUAAUAUUUGAAAAAGUCUCUACAACUACUAUUUCAAAAUAUGAGGGUUAUUCUCAUUUUAGGUGUUACCAUUUGAAAGAAUUGAGUUACCGAAUAAAAACGAUCAAACUAGGAUACUUGUGUUGGAAAAUAGGCCUCAAAGUGAUAAAAUUUGAGAUUUGUAACCAAAAAGAUUUUUUAACAAAGUUUGUGUCACAAUCGUGAAUACCAAAAUGAGAAUUAGCCAUUAAAAUCUUGUUAACAAUUAUGCAAUCGCAGUAGUCGUAUAGUGUGUAGGAUGACUAUACAAACACAUUUACCUGAUAUAAUAACAAUUUCGAUUGGUACACCAUCGUUUACUAUUUUGAUGGUCGCUCCAUACGGACUUAGAUGUAUAAUAUAUCUUGGAAACUGCAAUUGAUACUUUAUUAAGUCAUAACAAAAUAUACAACGUAACUUUGAUCGACUGAUACAAAGCGUACAUUCUACCUUUGACCUGACCUGAGCAUGAAUUGAACAUACUAGAUCUAUGAUACUAGCAAUCGCAUAUUAGUUUCAAUUUUCCUGAUGGACAAUCCUUCAUAUUAAUAACCUAUGCAGACAAUAAACGAAGAAUUUCAGAGAACAAUAUAUGAAUGAAACUGAAUCAAUUCAAUUACUGAAAAAACCGUGGAAUUUAAAGAUUCUUAAAAAGCUGGUACAACGUAGACAAGGUAUUUUUAUAUUGAGUCAUUUAAUUGAAUGUCUAGUUAACAUUCUUUAAAGACAUAUCAUGUUAUUCAUUAAAAUUCAUUAGUGUGUAGUUUAAUAUUCAUUAUUUAUAUGCAAUAUUACCCAUGCCUUAUUACAAGAAUGGUAUAAUUCGUUAUUACGUAUAUUAUUAUCGUUUGAAAACGUCAUGUAAUUUUCUAUUGAUAUCCUCAUGAAGUUUAUGUUGAAACAUCAAUUCGUAUUUAUGCCAUUCUUGCAUUGCGACGGUCGUUCAUUCAUGUUAGAAAGAUGAGCCAUUUGUGUGAGGCGAUGUAAAAUACAUGAGAAAAAAAAUUCUACCGCAAGAUUGAUGAUCUGACCCUGCACUGUAGUCAACAUAAACGUGACUAUAUGUAUACGUAGAAAGAAUGUUGAUUAAAUACUGAUAAAAAAACAUUGUCUCUUCAUUCAUAACGUUUCAAUUUGUUGUCAACAAUGGAAUUAAAGAAAAAUACCAUUUUUUCACUGAAAA